AUGUUCGACAUAGUGCAGUCGAUGUUACGGAUAUCCUAUUACUACUCGCGAUUUCUUGGUGUGCUUAACUUUGAAAUUGACUCGAAAAAUGGACACGCUCGAAUCACGACACAAUCUACGAUCUAUGCUGCAGUUAUAAAUGUGGUACUCAUUUGCCUGUUUCCUUUGCUGACGCAAAGUGAACUCCUGCACAUAAUGUGGAAGCAUGCCGGCCAGCUUCAUGAGUAUCUUUUCCUGGUUGUAAUGGGCAUGCGAGUAGGUUGUGUAAUUGCAACUUUAUUUAGUCGCUGGCUGCAACGUCAUCGACUUAUUUACCUAGUCCAUGCACAAGAACUCCGCUCAGUACUUUCUGAAACUUGUGCCUUGGGGGGAGAGCGAAGAAAAGCAACUUUCAUGAUCAAAUGUUGCACUUUAGCUGAUCAACUGGAGGCCAUAGCUAGGAGACAAUCUGAACUCCAGAAACUGGUCGAUCUUAUGACUACCAUCUUUGGGAUUCAAGGCAUUUGUAUAGCCAGCAGCUCAUAUAUAUCAUGUAUUGGUAGCAUCUACUUUACAUUCUCUGCUAUAAAAAGAUCCGCAGGAAUGACUUGCGGACUCAACGUCUACAUGCUAAGCGGUAUUGUAAUUGGAGUUUAUUUGUUGGAUCUUGGAAUCACCAUCGAUAAUACAUUCACGGUUUUAGAUGACCACCAUGAAUUAGAGCAGUUACUAGAAGAAUACUCGUCGUUUGGCAUUGAAUUGGAUAAGAGACUCGAGACGGUCUUUGAAAGCUUUCAACUUCAACUAGCACGCCAUCGCUUGGAGAUUCCAAUCCUUGGACUUUACAAUAUGGAUAAGACAAUGGCAAUUUCAAUGACCAAUUCAAUUAUAUUGAAUUCCAUAGUUCUCAUACAGUAUGAAUUGAAAUAUUCGUAG